AUGGGCCAAUUAGGUGAAAUUUUGGGGUUUGGAUUUCAGGCAAGAGUUGAAAUAGAAAGAGGAGCAAGGACGAUAGUGGACCAAUUCAGAGGGAGAAUGGACGGCGUCGAUCGCGUGAUCAGAAGAAAGACUCUAGUUGAACGGCUAGGAUUGAAGAAUAUUGGGUGCUGUGGGAGCACAUGGUCCCUCCGAUCAACCACCGUUAGUGAACGAGACGACGAUGAAGAAGAGUAUGACCCACCGGAACCACAAAUUGAGGCCAUAAAUGUAAACAACGCGCAGCCGCAAAUCGAGUCAACUCCAGACUGCAUAAAUCAUUCUCCGGCGGCAUCGGGGAUGAACUUGGCGGCGGCUUUGGCGGCGGAACGCCAUCUCAGAGCAGUGCUAGAUUCAGAUAAUGGAGGAAUUGACCCGGGCCCAAGCCCAGCAAGCAACAAUGAAUGGUACGAUGCAACUGCAGAAACCGCACCGAGGACCCCAUUCAGAGUGUCGUUAAUGAGACUCCUGGAGGAAACGGACUGCUGGGAUAGAGAGGUGAAGAAAGGGGAAUCAGGAGCAGCAGCAGAAAGCGGGAGUGGUGAUUCAGUGUGCUGCGUGUGCAUGGGAAGGAAAAAGGGUGCAGCAUUCAUACCAUGUGGGCACACUUUUUGCAGAGUGUGUUCAAGAGAGUUGUGGUUGAAUCGAGGCACUUGUCCCCUUUGCAACCGUCUGAUCCUCGAGAUCCUAGAUAUUUACUGA